AUGACGUCAACUCGCCGCCGUGACAUCUCACCAAUAGCGCGCGGCGGGAGCCCCAGCUGCCACGCCUACCGGCCAAUAAGGGGCCGCGGCGUCUCGUCGAGGAGGGGUUGGGAGGGGUGCGCGGGGCGCCGGCGCCGCCGUGGUCCGCGCGCCAGUCUGCAGCCAGCCUGCGUGGGUGCUGCGCGCCUGCGUGUCGCCGUGAGAGCAGAGCAGCUUCCCGCGCCGCGCCGUGCCGAGACGGACUUGCGAUGCGCCAUGGAGCAGCAGGUGUCCCCUGCGGCUGCUGAGGAGCAGGCGGCGGCGGCGGACGCCCCGCAGCCCAGGCCGCUCAGCUUCUCCGCCGAGCAGGUCGCCUGCGUCUGCGAGGCCCUCCUCCAGGCGGGCGACAUCGCGCGGCUGGAGCGCUUCCUGCGGCUGCUGUCGCCGGCGGGGCUGAUCCGCGGCCACGAGUCGGUGCUGCGCGCGCGCGCCGCCGUCGCCUUCCAGCGCGGCCACUACCACGAGCUGUACGCCAUCCUCGAGUCGCAGCCGUUCAGCGCGCGCCACCACGCGCACCUGCAGCAGCUGUGGUUCGCCGCGCACUACCGCGAGGCGGAGCGCGUGCGCGGCCGGCCGCUCGGCGCCGUCGACAAGUACCGCCUACGCAAGAAGUACCAGCUGCCCAGGACCAUCUGGGAUGGCGAGGAGACCGUCUACUGCUUCAAGGAGCGGUCGCGGAACGCGCUCAAGGAGUGCUACAACCGCAACCGGUACCCCACGCCCGACGAGAAGAAGGGCCUGUCCAAGAAGACGGGCCUGACGCUCACCCAGGUGUCCAACUGGUUCAAGAACCGGCGCCAGCGCGACAGGCCCGUCCACACCCGGAGUGGCAGCACGAGUAGCACUGGGAGCAAUGGAACAGCUGCAGAUGUCAGCCUUUUGUGGGGCAGUACUACUCCGACCCUGUGCUAUGCCACUCAUGGGGUUCCAGGAACUGGUGGAGUGAAGAGUGAACCUGAUGCGUAUAUUCAGGCUGCUUACAGCGCUGGAUACGAUGCUGUUCUGUCACCUCAAUGAGAUGACAAUGCUCAUUUGAGCAGCUUCACAGAUAUCUUAUUAAUCUCUGUCCAUAAAAAAAAACUAGUGUGAUAUUUGUAUUUAAACCUUCUAUUGUAAUCUCUCCAAAAAGUGUUACAAAAUUUGUUAAAAAUAUUACCUAUUUGUACUCACCACAGUAGCUAUACUACCCCCUGAAUCCAUUAAGGGCCUGGUGAAAAAAAAAAAAAAAUAUAACUUCAUAAAUUCAAUCGAAAGCUCCAGCUGUAUGGACUGACUAAGUCAAUGGAAAGGGAAUUUCAUCUAUCAAAGUAAUGAUGUACAAAGGUCCAAGUAUUAGAUGGUGUUGUAAAUAUGAAUGUAACUUAGAAAUACUUCAAGAAAAUCACAGC